UCCCUUUGUCAUACUCUUUCAGACAAACAGCAAGGCAUUCACGGUGAAGACCUCCCGUGUGCGGAGACGCUAUCGGGAGCUCGAUUAACUGACCGUCCCUUUGUCAUACUCUUUCAGACAAACAGCAAGGCAUUCACGGUGAAGACCUCCUGCGUGCGGAGACGCUAUCGGGAGUUCGAGUGGCUGAGGCGCCGGCUGCAGAAGAACGCCGGGCUCGUAUCUCUCCCGGAGCUGCCGGGGAAGAGGCCGUUCCUGCAGGUCGGUGACGCUGAAAGCAUAGAGAGGAGGCGGCAGGGUCUGCAGCAGUUCCUGCAGAGGGUCCUGCACACGACCGUCCUUCUGUCCGACAGCCAGCUGCACCUCUUCCUGCAGACGCAGCUGUCGACAGCCCAGAUCGAGUCCUGCGUCCAGGGCCGCACUUCCUUCUCCGUCAACGAGGCCAUCCUGAGUGGCGCCCAUUGCGGGAAUAGCCUGGCGGAGGCAGACGGCCCUAUUGGCUACGAGUCUGAAAGCUCACCCUGCCACGCUGCGCCGACCAGCCUCGAAGGCGCGCCAGGGGCGCCGGCCGCCUCAGGAGGGACGUGAGGUCCACGCUGGAGUGAAAUAGUCUGCCCGAUCGCGAUCGCACCCCGAGUUCUCAGACUGCAGCGGACUACCGGCUCCCGUUCACCGUCAAAGCACUUCCAGUAGAUUGAAUACCAGAUGUGUAUGUCUGCGACCACUGAGCGCCAACCCGUCGUCUGUAGCCCUGGGAUCCGGGACUACGAACUGAUCGAUACCCUCCUGUUGUCUCAGUAACAGGGGGCGCCUAAGUCAGUCGGGGAAGAGCUUUCCUGCAAGUCCCGGAAAGCCUUGAGUGGCUCUGGGAGUUCCCAGGCGAGGUGCCCUGUUGGUGGUGUGCCCCGUACUCCUUGCUGUUGUUAUUUGAGGAUAACAGAUCUUCCACUGCGGCUCACCCCGAUUCACGCUGGCUGCCCCCAGAACCACUCUUCUCCCUCCUGUUCGCUGGGCUGGCCGUCCGCCCUUCUCUGCAGACCCCAACUCCCCUUGGCUGUCCCCAAGACCACCUCGUUCACUCAGCUGGACCUGGCUGCCUCCCCUCCCCUCCAGACCCCGAUUCCCGCAGGCUGGCCCCCAGACUACCCCGUCCGCUCAGCUCUUCCCCGUGUUUGCUGGCCCGUUUGCCCUGGUGUGUUCCCACAAAAACUCUGGUCUGACAUUGAAUGCCAGGUGUGUUGAGCCACCAUCUCCACCGCUGGUCGAGUUCUCCAGCCCCCAAAGCCCUUUGAGCUCUCUGCCCACCUCUGGUGGCCAAGAUCAGUAUCACUCCAAAGUUGUCAUUAGCUCUUGCGUUCUGCUCCUCUGGGACUUAGUUUAAGAUCUGCCUCUUUCACCAAACUGUGGUUUUCCUGCCCCCAGCCCAAUGGCACUGUGUCAGAUUGUGGAACCCUGUGAAUUACUUUUAGAUGAAUCACUGCAAUAAAGGAUAAUGUUAUUGAG